CCGAUAAAGAUGCUGCAGCAUAAACACAGAUUUAUGAUUCUCGUAGCGGUGAUCGGACAGAUUGCGGCUGGGACUUGGAUAAAGCACUACGAUGAGAAUUAUCAUCGUCCCACCUAUUAUAAUAGGGCGCACAGGAGUUCAAAUCACGUCGACUACAAUCGGAAAGCAUUGGAGCAUCGCAACUUCAGGAAGGCAACGAGGAAACCUACUUUGGCACCAUUUGAUCCUAGCAUUCACGUGAGCUACUACGUCAACGUUCUGUACAAAGGUUCGGUGAUUUGUGCCGGUGCUCUUAUCACACGCCGGAUGAUCAUCACGUCGUCUCGUUGUUUUCUGGCCAAUGAACUUGAGCCGUCGCAGGAAUUCAAGGCCAGGGAGAUGUCCAUAUUGACUGGCAACGACUUCGGCACACCCAAGCGCCAUGUGUUUCCUGUGAAAGCCUUUUUUCUGCCCGCCGGAGAGGUUCAGCAUGAAGAUAUACAUAGGAUGGCAUUUUUGGCAUUGCAUGAGAAGCUGGACAAGCGAACGUAUCGCUAUAUUAACCUGAACAGGAAUGUGCCAAAUGUGGAUACCCCUGUGCUUAUAUCAUUUGUCGACAGUUAUACUCGCGAUAUAACCAUGCUUAAGACCAGGGUGGUCGAAGAUAAGCGUUGUAUAGAGUCCUUCGCGAAGGUCGGCAGAAAAUUCCCUCACUUUGCACCUGAAUACAUCUGUGUGAAAAACAAGAAGGGAAGCUGCAGCACGCGCCCUGGCGAUCCGCUGAUCGUUGACGAUAUGCUGGCUGGCUUCAAUGUUUACGGCGAGCAAUGUGACGAGUUUGAGGGGAAUCACAUAGUCGAUGUUUACUAUGCCUCUCGCUACGUGAUAACAUUCCUACAAAAGGCUACCGACAUGCUGAGAGCCCUCACAGGCACGGCUAACUUCAAUAGCUCGAUGACAACAAGGCGACAUCAGCUAUAUACAACAACCGUUGCAACAAUCACAGUUUCAGAGGAAUCUGAACAAACUGAAACUUUUGAAGAAUCCGAAGGACCCGAAGAACACGAAGACCGCGAAGAGAGGACUGAAGGACAGAAGGACAAGACUGCAGAAAGUGAGCAUAGUGAAGUAUCUGAAGAGCAGCAGGAAUCUGAAGGACAUAAGGAAAGUGAUGAUUCUCACAAACAUGAAGAAGAGCAGGUAACCGACGAAGAGCAGUCAACUGAAGGACAGCCGGACGCACCUGAAGGACAGCAGGAAGGUGAAGAAACGCAUAAUCCCGAAGAACAGACGGAAGACGAAGAAGCGCACAAACAUGAAGAGCAGCAGGGAGCUGACGGUUAGGAGGGGGAAGAAAGGCAUCGCAGUAAAGCCCUGUCACAUCCUCUGUAGUUCAACA